AUGAUAGUCAUGAUAGAAACUUGUAAAGUUUUUUGGCAAAUUUUACAACCAAUAGAAAUGGCAGAACCGACCACAAAUGACUGGUUGGAUAUAGCCAAAGGAUUUUUUGAAAAAACGCAGUUCCCGAAUACCGUCGGUGCAGUAGAUGGAAAACAUAUACGAAUCGAGUGCCCAAAAAGUAGUGGAUCGUUAUACUAUAAUUAUAAACACUUUUUUUCAUUGAUUCUAAUGGCUAUUUGUGACUCAAAUUAUUGCUUCCGAAUAAUCGAUGUAGGAUCAUUUGGUAAAGAAAGUGACUGUAAUGUGUUCAAAACAUCAACGUUUGGUAGGAAACUUUAUGAAAAUCAAAUAAACUUUCCACCUGAUCAAUGUUUACCGAACGAUGGACUCGGUUCGCCACAGCCAUUUAUUCUUGUAGCCGAUGAAGCUUUUGCUCUCCAUAAAAACCUACUACGACCGUUCCCAGGUAGAGCCUUAAACGAUAAAAGGAGAAUUUUUAAUUACCGUUUAUCAAGGGCCCGUCAAUAUAUCGAAUGUACCUUUGGCAUCAUGUCUAAAAAAUGGCGGGUUUUUCAAACAACUAUGUUGGUUGAGCCGGAUGCUGCAGUUAUGAUAACAAAAGCUUGUUGUGUGCUACAUAAUUUUGUACGUCGCCGUGAUGGCACUAAUGUUGAAGAUAUCACGAGUUGUUCGAUGGAGAGUAUAAUAGAAAGAAGAGGAGUGGGGAACGCUCAAAAAAAUGCCAAAGACGUCAGGGAGUAUUUUGUAGAUUACGUCAAUAACCCAAACCAUGCACUUGACUGGCAAAAUAAAAUAAUUGGCAAGUAA